AGGUGAUAUUUGAUUGUUCAAUCAAUUUAUGUUCUUUGAUGAAGUCUGCCUGCAUGUGUGCCUGAAAUUGUGUAUUAGCUUUAUUUGCAAUGGAUGGAUAACUGCUAUUCGAGACUAAAAUGGCGUGCUGUGCUUGAGGCACAAAUGAUUAUAAAGACUAUUUUCAGAAGAUAUGAGAGGUGGAAUCCAGUACAUCCCACGUAUGGUGCCUUUUGGGGCAUGGGACUAGGCAUCGGUUGUGGCAUAGGAUGGGGCCCCGGCUUUGGCCCUGAAGUAAUCAGUUAUGUUGGUGCAGGCUGCGGUGUUGGAUUUAGCGUCGGGAUUACUUUUCUUGGUGUUGGAAUUGGCCUCCCUUGUAAUUACCUUUGGCAAGUCCCUCACAACGCAUUGACAAAGACAAGCAGAGGUGUAUUAGACAUUGCUCGGGCUAAAGAUAUGAUUGGGAAAGGAAGUCUUGUCGAAGAUCACUGGGCUGACCUUAGGACUCACUUCCCUGAUGUUGUAAGAAAUCCCUCUGCAUCAUUUUCUGGCUUUAACAUUGACAAUAUUACAGGAAACCUAAUAGAUUGUUCCGGCACCAAAAGAAUGUUGGCUGACAAUGCCAAACAUAUUGCGGAUCGUUUACAUAGGGUCAGCCGGCGUUGCUUUCCUUGGGGCGACAAAGGUUCAAAUUGAAAAGAAUCCGAAGCGGAAGCCGGUGCCAGAGCCUGAGUGACCUUUCUUACGUAGAGGAGGCUCUUGAUGUUGUAUUUUGUUUAACUCAUGAAAAAAUAUACAUUUUUUUUUUAAAAUUUAUUUUAUUUUUUAUUUUGUAAGCAGAUUAUGUUACUGUUAUAUAUGCAUGUAGUGCAAUAAAGAGAUUAAUGUAGGGUAUUAGGUUCA